CCGUUAUUAAAACCAUGCUGGCACCCUAGACAUUUAGCUGCGAUCACGUAAUACGUUAUUGCAUGUGAGAGUUUUUUUUAUUUUUUUUUAAUAUCAUUUUAUAUCAAAUCAUAUCAACUUGACAUUAUCAAGGACAAUCGAGGAUAACAAUAGCAAAAUUAAAGGUCAAAUCGUAAAAAAUUGUCUGAUUAAAAAUCAUCAUUACAUUAAUACAUUUAUUAAAACAGAAAAAAAUUUAUUGCAUAAACUACUAAAUUAAUCAUCAACUAAGAACCAAUUAAGAGUUUACUUAAAAUGAGUGCAAAGAGAAUAUAUAUUGAAAAAGACCAACAAGCCUCUGAUGUUGGUGACAAGGAUCCAAAGGUUAUCAUCAACUCACUGGACUACGACUCACUAGCAAAAAUCAUCAUGUUGUUACCAAUCCCAGAAAGGAUAGAAAUGGAAAAAGUUUGUACUAAAUGGAAAGAGGCAUGUCAACUUGCUUGGUAUGACAUUAAAAAAUACAAAUGCGAAUCAUCAAUUGGGCGUUGUUAUGAUAACCGUUUGAUGACACAAUCAUACCUCGAAGAAAUAUUAUCAAGAUGUGGUAAUUAUUUAAAUAAAUUGUCUCUCUCAGAUGUUUGUGAUUCAAGUAUCAUGCCAUUUGUUGGUAAUCACUGUAAAAAUUUAACAAGUCUUGAAUGUAAAUUUGACGUUGAUUCGUUAGAACUUGAUGCUGAUCACUUUGUUCACGCAUUCACACAGUUGGAUAAAUUGAAAUGCUUUAGAAUAACAGUGGAUCACCACUUCUCGAAUGAGACAAUUAAUCUCUCUGCAAUAAUUGAUAGUCUUCCAGAAGAAAUUAAUGAAAUUCAUUUAUUAUUUAAACGUCGUCCGAUUCAAAAACCAAAUAUUCCCAUGACUGUUCAAAGAUUCAGAAGUCUUCAAAAAUUAACAUUAGCUGGCCUUUGUCUAGACAACAUUAUUCUUAAAGAAAUAGCAGACAUUACAACACUUGUUCAUCUUAACAUUGAACUAAAUAUACACGAAAACUUUUUUCCAUUUAAUAAACUCGUUAAUUUGGAGUAUAUUGACCUAACGAUGGAUAUUGCGUACAACCUCUCUACAGAAAUACUCAAUACUAUUUUUUGUACAUGCAAAAAUCUAAAACAUGUCGAUAUUCCACUUGGUCCUUAUAAUGUAGCUGAAAUACCUCCCAAAAAAUGGAUAAACUUUCAAAACUUGGAAUAUCUUAGUAUUUGUUGUGACAUAAUGCCAGACUUAGCAAAUACAAUUGUUGAAUACUGCAAGAAUUUGUCGAAUUUGAGAAUACAUUCUCCUCAUCACAUUGAUAUUACUGCUUUAAAAAGGUUGACAGAGUUGAAAAAUCUUGAAUGUUUAAUGCUUGGUCCAGGCGAGCUCCAUGAGGAAUCAAUAAUAGCAAUUUUAAACAAUUGUAAAAAACUUAAACGUUUAGAAAUUCCUGGUUGCAUUAUAGUACCAUUUAUUAAUGGUAACUCAUUUUCUUUUCCAUCUGUUCUUGAUGAGUUUUCAAAAUUACAAUGCCUUGAACAUCUUAACUUGGGUUAUGGAAGAAAUCUUAACGAUAGUACAAUUACUGCUAUUGCUAAUAAUUGUAAGAACCUAAAAAGUUUAGAUGUCCCAAUUUGCUUACGUCUUACUGAGACAGCUCUCGUUGCUAUCACAAACUUGGAAAAUUUAGAAAAACUAGAUGUAAGCUAUCUUCAUAUAAUUACAGACAGCUUCCUUAUCAAAUUGAAAGGAUUAAAAAAAUUAAAUUGUGAUAGUUGCCCGAAUGUUACUGAUGUCGGUAUUAUUCAAUUUAUAAAAAAUAAUCCAGAUCUUGAAAAUAUUGGUGUCUCGAGUACAGCUAAUAUUACAAUUGAUUCAGUUAUUGCUGCUGAUCAGGCAACUAAAAAUCGUACAAAUGGUAUCAUUUUACACAUACGAAUAUCUAAUCCAUCAAUAAUACAAGCUUCUAAGUCAAUAAUUACAUCUCAAUGGUUGGUUGUUGAAUAGAUUAUAGUUAUCAUACACUUUUCUUUCUAAUUUAUCUUUAAAAACACAUACAAAAUGACAUUGUAAAGACAUUGUAAAAGAACAUUUUUAUUAUAACUUGUUUUCGAUAUUACUUGGAAUCAUAAAAAUUCUAAUGUCAAUGUUAAUAUUAAUUUUGUAAAGCAAAGUUUAAAAAUAUUUAAAUAUACUUUUUCAAAUAAUUUUCUAAAUCAAUUAAUUAUUUUACCUUUCUUUUAUAAA